AUGGACUUUGACGCUGAAACAGCCGGUAACAACCCGGAAAUCGAAAUGCAGUUCGCUGUAAAGACAGUAGAACAUUUAGAGGCAUACGAAAAACUGAUUACUGGUAUUCCACCAAGUAAGAUCAAGUUCACUCCUAUCGACGAAGAACUGUACGAGAACAUGCUGGACAUAUUCCCCGAAUUGAAAUUCGAAGAUAACUUGAGAGAAUUGAAUGAAGAAUCUAUGAAAUCAGUUCAAGGAAAAGACAGAUGGAGGAAAUUCAUUAUGCCUUACGAGAAGAGAGUGACAGAUUACAAUUUCGGUACACUGAUCAGAAGAAGGUCGGACGAGUUGUAUUCUGAGGAGAACUCAGUACUAGUCACCAGGGUGCAAUUCUAUGCUAUCGAGAUUGCACGAAAUCGAGCUGGUCUGAAUGAUAAAAUAUAUAAUGAGGCUCAGGCUAAGAAGAACAAGGCAUAA